AUGUCAGAUUAUUAUGAUAAUCUUUCGUCGACGUCAUUGCUUCUCAUUGAUCCGACUCCUCCCAUCAUCGUGUUUGAAUCUUUAGCUGCGUCUCUUAGGCUGUAUAUCUUUAAUUUGUACUACUCUUGUGGCAUGGCCCCCAACCGAAACACGACGAACCGGGGACAUAAAUAUAUUGCUUCAACAUCAUCCAACAACCAAGUGGAUUGUCAGUACUGUAACAAGUCAUACUCGGCGCGCGGGAUCAAAUCUCACGAACAAGGGUGUCUGAGAAGACGGGAUAAGAAGAAUGAUGACAAGGAUUUCGCGGCACUUGCAGCGCGUGCAGUAGAGGAGGAGCUGCAAAGGAAAGAAGCACGUCGAGAGAAAAGACGGCAUCGUAAGGAGCAAACAAUGGCUUCUGCUGUUGUCGCUGCUGCAGCGCCGUCGGUCCCUUUGAGAAUGGUCCCGGAUGGCACAAAGAACUCGUCGCCUGAGCAAGAUCAACAGCCUGACGACUUCACUGCAGGUCCAUUGUUUGAAGGGAAUUCAGAUGUUGCCGAUGCAAUGAGCAUCAGUAGAGAUUCAGAUGCACGUCAACGUUCAGAAUCAGAUACAAGCAUGGGCAUCCCCGCGUGUACCACCCUAUCAUUGCUCCCAAUCAUGCCUUCAGCUCCUCCUAAUCUCGAUACUUUCAAGACGGAAUACCACCCACACAGUGGCCGUGCGACUUCUGUAGAGUCGUUCUCCACUUUUGGACGCAAGGAGCAUCAGCUGCCGCCUAUCGUCGACAACGAACCCUGGCAGCCUUUUGCUUGUCGUGCGGACUUUGAGUUCGCCAAACUCGCACACCAGGCUGCCUUGAACAAGAAUCAAACAGACGAGCUGUUGCGGCUCAUCUGGAGAAUUGCUGAUGGCCAAGUGAAAUUCACGUUCAAGUCCCAUGGUGAUGUUUCAAAAGCCUGGGACAGGGCUGCCAGUCAAAUGUCACCUUUCGAGAAGCAUACCAUUACUGUUGAGCACAAGCGGGAGGACCUCAAGUACAACGUAUACACACGGCCAUUGUGGGACUGGGCCUUGGACUUGCUACAGGACCCGCUACUGGCACCCCAUUUUGUUUGGGAUGCACAGCGAUUGUACAAGCACAACGGGAUGCGUUACGAGCGCUUUGUACAUGAACCUUGGACUGGAGACCAUUGGUGGAACGUUCAAUCGUCUUUACCUGAAAAUGGCGUCCCAUUCGCAUUUAUAUUGUAUGCGGACAAAACUCAUCUAUCUUCUGCCGGUACAGUCAAAGCCUACCCUGUCUUCGUGCGAUGCGGAAACUUGCCUGUCAAUAUCAGGAACACGGAUGGACUUGGCGGUGGUUCUUUUGUGCAGGUUCCUGACGAUUCUGAGGAAGACGGAAAGCUCUCAUAUGUCAAUCUCAAACGUGUCGUAUGGCACAAGGCAUUCUUCAAGCUGCUCGAAACCAUCAUCAUCUAUGCCAAGGCAGGGUAUGCAUAUACAUGCUAUGACGGCGUCAUGAGAUGGUUGUAUGCAUUCAUCUUGCUCUUAUCGGCUGAUUAUGAGGAGCAGUGCGUGAUGGCACUGAUACGGGGAACCAAUUGUCACUGUCCCUGUCCUAUCUGCCUCGUCCCUUCAGACAAGCUCUACGAUAACGCUUCCACUUAUCCGACUCGAUCAUCUGAUGACACGAAAGCUUUGGUGGAGCUAUGGACUAGGGACCGUGUAGCUGGAGAAAGCGCACUCAAAAAACAGGGCCUGCGGCCUAUUAAGAACGUCUUCUGGAAAGUCCCAAAUUCUGAUCCUCAUGACACGGUUUUGCAGGACCAUUUGCAUGUAUAUCAUAUGGGUCAGUGGAAACAUCUCUUCGGCGAGCUCAAACAACGCAUUGCAGCCCUUGGACGCAGCAACGAGAAGAAACUGGAUGAUCAGUUCGAUACCUUCCCACGAUGGCGCAAUCUUAAUCACUUUGAUUGGGUUACUAAUAUUACUUACAGCGACAGUAACAAACUUCGGGAUAUCUCCAGGCAAGUUUUGUAUGCCGCACAGAACAUACUCACACGUGCAGCGGAUGAAGCUGGCUAUGCACUACUACGGUGUAUAGCGAGCUACCUACAUAUCGACAUGUAUAUUUCACUUGACGUGCAGACUGAAAGCACGAUUGCUGCGGGAAGGGCAGAGGUGUUAGAGUUUCAGAAGCGCUUAGAGGACUACAUCAAAAUCGUUGAGGAGACUGAUCCGGACACGAUCAAGAACUGGAACUUUCCAAAGAUUCACUCUGGAAAGCAUAUAUUUGAUGACAUCAUGGUGAAAGGUGCCGCUCGGAACUUCAGCACUCGACCAAAUGAGAAGCAACAUGGACCGAUCAAAUGGUGGUAUCUACGGCAGACCAAUCGUAAGGAUAUUGCUGAUCAGAUCCUUGAGCUCGACCAUAAGAGUGUUGUCUCUGAAUUUAUUCGCAGUCGUAUCGAGUGCCUUGAUGAGGAACGACGCAAACUCAUGCUUUUGCAGGAAGAACUGGAGGACACGGACUUGGAUGAUGAGAAAUUUGAAGAACAUUUUCAUAUCGGUUCACCCCUCAAGAAUCAAACAACCCUUUCGCAAGUGGAGGAAGAAAACAAGUCCAUUCGUGCGUUUCACCAGUUCCGGAAGAAACUCGCAACAUUUCUCAACCAUUUCCUUCCCUCUCACAACAUACCGCUGCCGGAAGGAACAACGUGGUUGAAACUUUCAGCACAAGACCAGAUCCAUGAAUAUCGAUACUUGAAAGUGCAUUAUGAGUCUACCGCUGACUGGAAGCUAGCUACUGACUACCUGCGAUGCAACCCAAGCUUCCAUGGCAAAGAACGGCGUGACUGCGCUCUAAUACGCACACUGGACAAGGACGGCCGCGACAAAAAUAUAUUUGUGAAGAUAUUAUGCAUGUUUAAGCACACUGUUGGCAGCUGUACCUUAGAUCUCGCGCUCGUUCUACCUAUGGAUGCCUUAAUUGGCCCACGUCGGCGUAUGGAUCGAGAACUGCGACUAACUCGACUUCGCGCACGGCCCGCUUCUUCAUCUGAGUUUAUUACGCUUUAUUCCAUCAUUCAUGGUGCUCUUCUCGUUCCAGAUUUUGCUCAUGAUGGAGAUUAUUUUCUUGUGGAUACUGUGGAUACUGACAUGUUUCUUCAGUACCCUCCUUCCUCUUCUAACUCUCAACUUCUCAAAGCACGCUUCCCCACUGCUUGGGGAUCUUCGGGUCACCGUCUUUUCGUAUCCGCUUUCAUGCUCGCAUCCAAGGUCAUCUGUGACAACACUUACUCCAACAAAUCCUGGAGUAUUGUAGCCCAGGGUAUGUUCCAAUUGCGAGAAAUCAAUCAGAUGGAGCGCAAGAUGUAUCAGUAUCUGGAGUGGGAACUCAAUGUGGAUCCGGUAACACUUAGGGAGUUCGAAGACAUGGUCAAGAAAGAUUUCGCAGGUCAAGGACCUUACCUGACUUAUAUCCUUCCCUCCUCGUCCAAGACAACCCCUCCACCUACCACAAAUCCCUUCCCGCCUCCUCCAGCCGCAUUGGCCCCCAUGCCUUCAUAUGGCCAUUGGUAUCCAUCACCUACUGCACCAAACUCCAAUCCAUGA